AUGAACAGCGUCAAUGGAGGUAUGGCCGGUCUUUCCUUAAGAAAUGGCAUGGCGAACAUGGACGUUGGAACGCCUGGUGUCGACAGGACCGCAGAUAUGGGCGCGAACAAGCCGCCAGGUCUGCCAGUUCCAACAGACAUCGAGUGGUCAUAUCUCGACCCUCAGGGACAGAUUCAAGGCGAGUGUCCUUUCCGGGCAGAUAUCAUGCAACGCUGGCACGACGAUGGGUACUUCUCUCCUGAAUUGCUGAUGAAGCGCACGCAUCUUGAUACAGUGUGGACAUCUAUUGGCGAGAUGCGUCAGCGUGCUGGCAGUCGACCGAUAUUUCUGACGCCU